UAGAAUGGUCAGCCCGGUCAACCGGCCUGAAUAAUUUUGGCAGCCCAGCCGGCCCGAGGGUUUGGCAUUGGCCCGUAUCACUAGUGAUUGGACACAUUGGACCUCAUAGAAAGAAAUUCGGUUGA